AUGUGGACAUGGAGAAGCCUUGACAGGAGUCGAUUCAUCAUCGCUCUCCGAUCAUCCAUCAGCAGCAGCUCAGUGAGAGCCAGGCAGUCUGGACUGGGUCUGGACUCUUUGGGGGACCGAAUGGUACCAGCGGCCUCAGAGAAGUCUUCCUCUCAGAGGGCAGAGCGGUCAAGUGAAGAGGCGAGAUUCUGGUUUGGUCUGGAUGAAGGAUGUGGGCUGGAGUAUUUGGGAUUGCCACAUGCCGAAGGCGGGCCUCAUCUGCAUAAGGUUUUCAGGAGCGACGAGGAGAGAGAGUGCACUGGAGAAACAGCAGGAAGCAGCCAUGCUCUGACUUUCAUGGGCUCCUUAGAACUGCUGGACCUGGACUGGGGAUCAAGCAGGAGCUGGGUCCUGCUGAUGUGA